AUGUCACAAGAGAAUAACUAUGACUAUGACAGCCCAGACUUAUGGGCACGUAUCAAAGGGACACGUGAUAGUGUAUCAAGCGCCUCGAUUUCCAACAAAUACCGGUCUCCUGGAUACCGGCCUUCGCCACGACGAUGUGCCGAGAAUAACAACACCGCUUCACCUCAGCGCAAUCUAGUGAGUCCGAGUCAGGUUAAUAAGAUGCAAGCAACUGUUGUGAGAGCGACAAAUAUCAGUACAGUCACCUGUAAGCCGCACAAGGCAAUCGCUACGGCGAUUCCCAAGUGCUUUAAAGCACCGGAGCCGGUCGUGGCCACCAGCCGAUUGCCUUUAAAUGAAAGCAAACCCCCCUCACACCCCUCAAGCUCUUCCAAAAUCACCGUCAAGUUACCCGUGCCACUGAGCGGAUUGCGUGACACUUCUCACAUUUCAGUUUCCCGAUCUUCACCAUCUCCCUACAUCCCUCCACACAUAAGAAACCAUCAGUAUCAGAAUCCCGACCAGCGCAUCCUCCCUAGAAACAAAGGAGGUCUAGGGACUGAGCAGAGAAACCGGCGAGGUACCGCACAUACUUUCCACACUCCUCUCAUCUCACACGUCUCCAAAGCACCUGAGAGGCCAGUUAAUAAGGGAAAAAUGUCAUCCGGCAGUGACUCAGACUACGUCGUCCUGCGCAAUCCCAGAGCUGAAACACUGCAGCCCAAGGUGCAGGAUGCUCCAGGCCAGACUGGACUAGAGGCCGGUGGUGAUACCCCUCCUGGAGGCAGUAUUCAACAGCCAGCGGGCGAACCUCCCGGGGAGAAGCAGCCUACUACCCGUGCUGAGCUGCGAGCAGAGAUUAGAAGAUUACAAAAGGAGGAACUUGCCAAGAUCUAUCAGAAUCUAUGCAAGGAGGAGGUCGAAACCGCAGAUGAUGAAGUAGUAGCAAAAUGUCGGGACGGCCCAGGGGUGGAUCCAAAGUCGGAAGUCUAUCAGGAGAUCGAGAAAAAUCGAUGCGUGCGUCCUAUGGAAGAAGUCGACUUGAACGUCGAGGCUCUCUCUAUGGUCAAUGACUCGGAUAAGGAACCAGAGGAUGACCGCCUCGAUAACCUCGAGGAGCUUAAAUUCAGCUUCGACAGCCUUCUUAAGGCCCCACAGUGGGACGCAUACGAAAAACAGUCUCUCAAUUACCCUCAAGUGAUUAAUAACCAAGUGACCCUCUCACCUGAGCCGUCCGAGGCGCAGGCCACCCUUCGAGCUAAGACCCAGAAGUUCGGAGUUCAUCCUUAUGCCUCUCGAGGUGCACCUCCCACUUUCCCGCCCAGCGCAUAUCAGAAAUGGCGGAAGUACGACCACUUGUGUGAUUGGUGGUGGGCUCCUCCUAUGCUUCCCUUUUACGACUCAUGGCUUCAAAAGUUCCGUUCUUGGCUCGACGAGACGAUUGAGAAUGCCUGCUAUGCAGAUAUAUACCACAAGGGCUUCUUUGAUGGCACUGCCCAUCCGGAUGGUGUUAGAACCUUUCUCAUCCCGGAUCUACCGAAGGCCACCACGAUCCUCAAUCCAAAUGAUGAGCUAGGUCAUCGACACAGACACGAGACGGCGGCAGGUCUCAGCUACAACCUGGUCAUGCACAAAAAAGUCGAAGCAGAGCUCGAAGAGCAAAAACUCGCCUUAUCGCGCCGCAUGCAACUGGAAUGCAUGGCCACCAUGCCGCCAAACCCCAACACGCCUAGGGCGAACAUCUAUCUCAGACCUGCACAUGUGGGAGACGCCAAUCAGCUUCUCCCCAUCUACAACUGGUACGCCCAAAACUCCUUCGUGAGCGUUGAUAUUAGAACCGUGCAGCCAGACGACGUCAGGGAGCGUAUCCAAGCCGCCAGAGACGCCCGUCUUCCCUUCAUUGUUGCCGUGGAGCGCGGUUCUGGCCACCAGAGAGAGACUAUCUUCGGCUACGCCACUGCCAAAGACUACACCGGCUGGGAAACCAGUGGAAGGUAUACCGCAGAAUUGGAAUUGUUCGUCAUCCCAGAGCAGCAGCGCAAAGGCAUUGGAAAUUGUCUUAUGGACAAGCUCUUGCAGGUAUGUGAUGGGAACCACAGAACUAAGGGUGGUUACGAUUUCAACCACACUGGUCUCAGUGGCUACGGCUUGGGAGGACAUCGCGAGUUUGCUCGACUGAUCUUUAAAUUCACCUACAUCCCGGAAGAACGUCAGUCAAAGAGCUGGGUCCGAGAUUGGUUGGCGAAGAACAACUUCGAGUUGCAGGGACGUUUGUGCGGAGUCCGCGCUAAGAAUGAGAGACUUCUCGACGUUGCUUACUUUGUCCACAACAACAUAUUCGCUCUCCCAUAUCGGUAG